UAUGAAAUUGUGAUGAGGAGCAUGUUUCCUUUUCUUCACUUUCUCAUUGCUGAAAAGCAUAGCACCUUUUCUGUCCUCCUCACGUGCUGCAAGCGUAUCCUCUAACUAAAUUACCCUUUUUCCAAUUCUUAAUUAACUCUCAAAACUGCAUGCAGCAUCAACUUGGAUUUGCUAUAAAUUGUUUGUGUUGUUGGAUUAAGAAGAGAAUUCAGACCAACAGUUGAGGAGAGUAAUGGCCUUAGAAACUCUUCCAUCUAGUGAUUUUUCCAACUUCAUCAUCUAUGACACCAUCUCUGCUACUCCAUUUAGCAGCUAUGAGUAUUCAUCAGAGACUAGCUUGUUAUUAGAAGAGAAUAGAGUGAAACAUCAUGAACAUGACCCUGCAUUGGUGACAAGAAAACGGCAAUGUGGUGAACCAGAAGCCGUUGGCCAGAGGCGGAAUUUCGCCGUGCAAGGGAGGAAGAAGAGGAGGAGAAAGACAAGGAUUUGUAAGAGCAAGGAAGAGGCAGAGACUCAAAGAAUGACUCACAUUACUGUAGAAAGAAACCGCCGGAAACAGAUGAAUGAGCAUCUUGCUGUUCUGAGAUCACUCAUGCCUGAAUCCUAUGUCCAAAGGGGUGACCAGGCCUCAAUAGUGGGUGGAGCAAUAGAAUUUGUGAAGGAACUAGAGCACCUAAUGCAGUCCCUUGAGGCUAAAAAAUUUCAGCUUUUACAUCAAGGAGUGGCACUAACCAGUACUGAAGAAGAUAAAGCCAUUUCCAACUCCAUGAUCAUGACACCCCCUUUUGCUAAUUUUUUUGUGCAUCCUCAGUACACGUGGUCCCUGGCUCACAAAUACACUUCUUCUUCUGAGACUGCAGCAGCAGCCAUAGCUGAUAUUGAGGUUACUCUGAUCGAGACACAUGCAAACCUUCGAAUUCUCACAAGGAGAAGCCCGAGGAAGCUAUCAAAGCUUGUUGCUGGUUUUCAAGCACUCUUCCUCACUAUACUGCAUCUCAAUGUCACCACUAUGGACCCCUUGGUACUCUUUUCUAUCAGUACUAAGGUUGAGGAAGGAUGCCAGCUUGGUUCAGUAGAUGACAUUGCAACUGCAGUUCACAACUUGCUUAGAAUGAUUGAUGAUGAAGCUUCCCUUUGCUGUUAAUCAGGUUUAUUUGGUGAAAUGACCAAAUCAACCACUCCCCCUUCUAGAGAGAGAGGACAAAAUAUUUAACUAGAGCUUGAGUUUCUGCUUGUGUUAAUUUGGUGUGCAGUUGAACUGUUUAGGUGUUAAUGGGAAUUGAAAUGCUGACAUAGUUACUCUAAUUUUCAAUUUAGCUGUACUAUCCUCCAGUCACCAAAUAAAGUUUGUUUCUGAAUCAAGAUAA